AUGGACGGCAGAUCCCCAACCAAUUCAGAUGCCAUGCAGAAGCAUUUGGUGUCUGUGCUGAAGAGUGUGGACAACAUGCCAAACCCUCUUGAGAAUGCAUUCAUCAUCGUGACGAAAGACUUCGUCCUGAAGCACAGGGACUCCUCCAUGCCAACGGUUGUCAGCGACAAUUACAGCCGUGGUUGGCAAGCCAUGGACAUGAAAUCCAGAAUUGAUCAUGACUUUGCGACGGUCGCCCCGGCUGUCUAUGAAUGUCUCAUGAAGAAGGCCAGUGUUACUGCUGACGACAGUGCUGAGACAACAAAUACGGAGGAAGGGAGGUCCUUGAUGGACUCGGAUGAGCCUCAGCCGCCGCCGGCAACAGCUGCCGGAGCAGCCGAGGACGAGGCGGCUGCGAAGUCCAAGCAGACUUUCCCCAUCGCACCGUGGGAAAACAGCGAGCAGCACAGCCAGCUGCUUGUUGAUCUUUACAAGUAUGAGCCGGCCAAUGCUUUGAUCAAGACACAGCCGCGUGUUGUCUCGAUUGAGCCCUCCAUAUCCCUCGCGACUGCAUGCUGCCGAAAGCACAUUUGCGUCACCAUGUUUGUGGAGUCGGAGCGUCACAAAGAGGCUGUAUUUCAGUCUCUCAUCAUGCGGAUCAGCUACGAGAUCAUGUCAGGCCGUGCGGAUGGGUUUGUGAUGAGGAAAAGGCUUCUGACACGUGAGAACUCCUUGUCUGGCUCUGAAUCCCAACGGCCGCCACUUCCUUCCCCAAGUGCGGUUUCAGUCGACCCGUCGCAAGAGGCUCAGGACUCCGUCGCCGAUGGCAGCGCAGAGGACGUCGAUGCUAUGCUUGAUUCCUUCAAGGAAGACGAAGAAGAGUUCUAG